AUGGACAGGUACGUGGUGCACACGAAGAGCCCCAACGUGUCGCCCAUCAAACGAAAACGAGAAGAAGAAGAAGAGGAACAGAGAGCCCUUGGCGUUGGGGGCAGCGCAAGUCCGCAAAAGAAAGCCCGAAAGGCUAAAGGCAAGGAAAAAGCCAUCGAACAUGAACAUGAAGUAGAAGAACAUACCACGGCAUCAACCACGAGCACUACUACUGUGCUGACGUCAGCCAAGAAGAAAAACAAAACCGCAACAACGAUUGGCGGAACGCUGCCAGCGGGGGUGGUGGCCAAGUGGACCGACGACGGGGGCGUGGAGGGCAUGGAGGCGGUGCGGCUGCUCGACGGCGGCCUGUUCCGCCGGCACCCGCAAUUCAUCGAGCCGGACGAGGCCGCGCGCAUCCUCGCGGGCCUGAUGCGCGACAUUCCCUGGCUGCAGUCGGACAUCAGGGUCUACGGCAAGACCUACAAGUCGCCGCGCAUGCAGUGUUGGAUGGCUGACGAUGAUGUGGUGGCGUCGACGUACCUGAAGACCCAGCCGACGCCCUGGUCCGACGACAUGCGCGCGCUGCGGCAGCGGCUCGAGCGCACGCUGGGCUGCCGCUUCAACUACCUCCUACUCAACCUCUACCGCGAUGGCCGCGAUCACAUCUCCUUCCACGCCGACCGCGAAGCCAUCCCCGAAGGCAAGGGGGUGAUCGGGUCGCUGUCGCUGGGGGCGGAGCGGAGGUUCGUACUGCGGCACACGGCGACGAAGGCCAAGCUGGAGUUCGCGAUGCCGUCGGGCUCGCUGAUGGUGAUGGACGGCCGCACGCAGGAGUCCUGGCAGCACGCCGUGCCCAAGCAGGCCCGGGUCACCCAACCGCGCAUCAACCUCACCUUCCGCAUCAGCUGA